AUGAAAUUUUCAAUUUCCUACAUGUAUUUUUUACUUUUUAAAAAGGAGGAUUUAAAUGGAGCAAUUCAAGGAUUAUUACGCUUACAAGAUACUUACAAAUUAAAAACUAAAGAUUUGGCUAAUGGACUUGUUGAGAAUAUUAAUAUAAACAAACAAAUGGAUGGUAAUGUUUGCAAAGGUUUGCUAUGA